UCUCAGCGCGCAGCGCCCCAGUGAAGUUCGUGGCAGCGCACAAAGAAUCCCGACCAGCAGGCCGAAAGCCCCAACCCCCACCACCAGUGGAAAGAGGCUAAGGGAGAGCACAACAACAAGAAGCACUGGAGAGGAGCCCGAAAUACACACACUCGGCAGAGGCAAAAAGGAAAACAAAUCGCAAACCACAACAAAGGCACUUUUCAGGACCACUGUGAUCAUUGCUGUUCAAGAGAAAAAAAGGACAUAUAUAUCAAAAAGAAAAACUCCAGCGUGUGCGACGAAGCGCGUCCUUUCGACACCUACUGACGACAGCCCACCACCAGCACCGCCACCCCCGGAUUUCUUGUUUUGUUGGGCUGCCAGUGUUGCCCCAUCGUCGCAGGAGCCAGCACCACCAGGAGGACAAGGACUCGCUUCACUCUGAAACCCAUGGCAGCAGCCGCAUGGAGCUGUCUGCUGAGCGCCGGGCUUCUGGCCCUGUUCCUGCCCCUCCAGCUGGCCAGCGCCGGAGCGGGAGCGGGAGCAGGCGGCGGGGGAUUAAGCGGUCCAUCCGUGUUCACCAGCUCCUUCCUGGUGCGCUUCCGGCGCGGCGUGGACAACGGAUUCGCCCAUCAAGUGGCCGACAAGUACGGCUUCGACAACCUAGGCCCGCUGGUCGGCGCCGAUGGACACGAGUAUCACUUCAAGCACCGGACCCUGCCCCACGCCCGCUCCAGGCGGAGUCUGACGCACACACGAGCCCUCAAGAGUCAUCCGGCGGUACAUACGGCCGUGCAGCAGCCUGGCUUCAAGCGGGUUAAGCGAGGUCUCCGGCCAGCUGUGCCCGCCAUCCAUGGCAUGAAGUUCGACCUGAAGGCGGGCGAGGCCAACCGGAUUGAGGAGGAGCCCACCGACCCGUACUUCCCCAUGCAGUGGUACCUCAAGAACACCGGCCAGAACGGCGGCAAGGUGCGUCUCGAUCUCAAUGUGCAGGCCGCCUGGGCCCAGGGUAUCACCGGCAAAAAUGUUACCACGGCCAUUAUGGAUGAUGGCGUGGACUACAUGCAUCCGGAUCUGAAAUUUAAUUAUAAUGCCGAGGCCAGUUAUGACUUCAGCAGCAACGAUCCCUUUCCGUAUCCCCGUUACACCGACGACUGGUUCAACAGCCAUGGAACUCGCUGUGCCGGCGAAGUGGCUGCUGCCAGAGAUAAUGGAAUUUGCGGCGUUGGCGUUGCUUAUGACAGCAAAAUCGCAGGCAUCCGCAUGCUGGAUCAGCCCUACAUGACGGACCUAAUCGAGGCCAACUCCAUGGGCCAUGAGCCUCACAAGAUCCACAUCUACAGCGCCUCCUGGGGUCCCACGGACGACGGCAAGACGGUGGAUGGUCCGCGCAAUGCCACCAUGCGGGCGAUAGUCCAGGGCGUCAAUGAGGGUCGCAAUGGCCUGGGCAACAUCUACGUCUGGGCCUCUGGCGAUGGCGGCGAGGAGGACGACUGCAACUGCGAUGGCUAUGCCGCCUCCAUGUGGACCAUUUCCAUCAACAGCGCCAUCAACGAUGGCCAGAAUGCUCACUACGACGAGAGCUGCAGCUCCACGCUGGCGUCUACGUUCAGCAACGGUGCCAAGGACCCCAAUACGGGCGUUGCCACCACGGACCUCUACGGCAAGUGCACGACCACCCACUCGGGCACUAGUGCGGCGGCGCCCGAAGCAGCGGGUGUCUUUGCCCUGGCCUUGGAGGCCAAUCCUCAGCUGACUUGGCGCGACAUCCAGCAUCUGACGGUGCUGACUUCGAAGCGCAACUCUCUGUUCGAUGCCAAGAACCGCUUCCACUGGACAAUGAACGGCGUGGGCCUAGAGUUCAAUCACCUCUUCGGAUUCGGCGUGUUGGACGCGGGAGCCAUGGUCACGCUAUCCAAGCAAUGGCAUGCAGUGCCUCCGCGUUACCACUGCGAGGCAGGAGAGCUAACGCAGCCACAAGCUAUCAUCAUGGGCCGAUCGCUGUUUUGGGAGAUCAAGACCGAUGCCUGCAAGGGCACUGACACGGAGGUCAACUACUUGGAGCAUGUCCAGGCGGUGAUAUCGGCGAAUGCCUCACGACGUGGAGAUCUGGAACUGUUUCUGACAUCGCCCAUGGGCACCAAAUCCAUGAUCCUAUCGAGGCGCGCCAAUGACGAUGACCAUCGCGAUGGCUUCACCAAGUGGCCCUUCAUGACCACCCACUCCUGGGGCGAGUAUCCGCAGGGCACCUGGAAAUUGGAGGCUCGCUUUAAUUCUCCACAAACCCGACAUGGCAGUCUGCUGGAAUGGUCUCUGGUGCUCCAUGGCACCAAGGAGGCGCCCUACCGCACCCUGCACCCAUCCUCGCCUCACUCUAAGCUGGCCAUUGUGAAGAAGGCGCACGAGGACAAGAAAAUGAAGUAGAGAGGGGAGGCAGAGCAAGCCAGAAGGAGGAGUCAGGAGGAGGGUCAGGUCCAGAUAAACAUCCGCGUAGCGACGUCCAUUAGGCAGCUUGGCGUUUUAUCAACGAGUUUAGUGUGAGGUUCAAAUAAAAGUGCUGGCUGUGUUUUAUUUUGGAAUAGGAUUGAUUGAGAUUAAACCAAUGAUUUGCCUGCAUUUUUCCUUUCUUAGCUUAACUUUCUAAUCUGUUUAGUAUUUUGUGUUGAAUCUUUGGAACUGAAAGUUCACUUUACUUAUGUGUAAUUGAUUAACUUAGUUUGGUGAGCUAGCGCCCAGGGUGCCAUAUGCCGUUAAACAUUUAUUUAAAUAAUUUUCAACUUUUACGAGUAAUUCUGGAAAUUGCAAAGCGCACAUUUACCACAGUAGAAGAGGAAGAAGAAUAUACCCCAAACUCAACACCAAAGCCUGCCCCAGCAAACUCUGUAGUGAAUAUCAAAGAAAAACCACUAAAUAUGAACCAUGAGAAACAGGUAUAGCAGGUAUAUGAAAGAGGGGCUAAAUGUAAAACAAAUGAAAUGAAAAACAACUAGAAAAAUGAAUCAAAACGAUGAUAAUGAAACCAGGAAAAACCCUAUGUAAAUGUGUAAUAUCUAUAUGUAUACAUACCCUAUCUUUAACAGCGUCCUAUGCCGUUAGACUCCUAAAUCGAUCUAGUAUAAAAUACAAACUAAACAAAGUAUUUACACGUAUUUUAAAGCUACGUCUUUUGUUUUCCAUAACAUAAAUAUAAAUAUAUAUUGAUAUACACGAAUAUACCUACUUAAAGGAUACUUAGCAAGAACAUAAAAUGUUAAUCCCAGAACGCGGAACAAGUUUGUCGCUUCUCUUUGGUUGCAAGCUGGAUUCUGCAUUUGUUUCGAUAAACGCAUUUACAUACAUCGUUUUCCUUUCAGUUUCUUUCGGGGGCCAAAAAAAAAAAAAAACA